GGAAGUAUUUUUGGAACCGGAUGAAAACGUCGGUUCGUGGGCACUUGCCGAGUAAACCGGUGGAUGUGCCGAUCGAACCCUGGUGGCAUCCGCAAAUCGGUUGCAUCACCGAUGACGACAUGAAGUCUGUGACGACUGCUGAGCGGGAUCUUAUUGAUAAGCUGAUCGAUUCAAGCGGGGCUGACAGUGCCGGUGCAUUCGACUAUCACUGCAUACAUUCCUUGUAUCGAAAAGGUUUGAUCUACCUCGACGUGCCCAUAGAGAAAACUGACUGCGUGUCAGUGCCACCGUUGGAAGGUUUUGUGAUGAACAGGCUGAUGGGAGACUAUUUGGAAACUUUGCUUUACAAGGUGUUCGUGUCACUUGAUGACACAACGUCCGUCCAAGAGUUGGCAACUUUGUUGCAAAUUGAUAUUGAAAUGGCACAACGUGCGGUUUCCAUGUUCUGCCGACUUGGAUUCGCACAUCGGAAAGCAUUGGAUUAUGACAAACUUCUGCAGCAUCCAUCAUGGCGGGAGUUUUAUCAGGUUCCAAUGAAAAGGUGCUGAAAAUUUUGCAGUUGACUGCA